UGCAUUUUUAUUAUGAUAAAAAUAUUUUUGUUUUUAAUGUUGUUAGCAGUUAAUUCAAAUAAAAUAAAGUUUUUUUGUGUCAAGAUAAAAGUGAUCACAAUUCUACCUAAAAAUGAAUUUUGGAUGGAAGAUGCAUAUUGACUGGAUUGCUCUGUUGCUGGGGGAAACUACUAUGGCAUGAAUGGUUUGUAAAAAAAAAAAAAACAGACAAACUAUUAACGGUCAUCCCACACCAAGCAACAGAAAAGAUAUUAGUUCGCGCUAUCCAUGUCCAAAUUUGUGUGGUCGAAGCUACAAAUAUAAACGGGGAGUUCACACUCAUGUAAAAUUUGAAUGUGGCGUAGAACCCAGAUUUUUAUGUUCCUUGUGUCCAAAAAAAUUUGCUAGAAAGUUCCAGCUAGAAAGUCAUUUGGUAUUGAAGCACAAAGUUAUUAAAAUUAGAUGAAAGUUUUAAAAAUAAAUUAUUGAUUAAUUCAGUAUAAAUA